AUGGAUUUACAAAAACGUGUUGACUCACUCGCUGACUUUAAACUGUGCAAAGGCAACAACUAUCCAAUAACCCUCACCUCAAUGUCAAUUUCUCCAAAUCCGUUAGUCGCAGGUCAAAAUAUUACAGUUCGUAUGGUUGGUAAAACGACAGUUGUUAUUGAAAAAGGUGCAUUAAUGAGGAUUUAUCAUGAUCCUAAAGGAAAAUUUGAACAUGAAGCUGAUUUUUGUAAAUUAUUUGUCGAGCCAAGCGGAUCUAUGUGCCCAGUUGAAAAGGGAAAUCUCGACUUUACUGCAACUUGGCUUAUAGAACAAGAUCCUUCAGGACCUAAAAACAUUAUAACUUCAUUAUAUACGAAAUCCACUAGUAAGUAA